UAUUUAUAUGGAAAAGAUUACAUGCAUUUAUAAUCAUAGACUUCAUAGUCCAAAACACUCUACUUGAAAUGGAGUCAACACAGCCUCUUCUCUCCGACCAGCCACCGCCACUUUCCACACCAACCACUGAUCAUACUUCUUCAGCUUCCUUCGUCCCCGACUCCGAUGACAUCCCUCCGAUCACCAGCCUCAGCGAUUUCUCUAGAGAAUUUUAUACAGAAUCAAAGAAACUAUGGUACCUUGCUGGCCCGGCAAUCUUCACAUCCGUUUGCCAGUACUCUCUCGGAGCCAUCACUCAAGUCUUUUCCGGCCAAGUUGGCACUUUAGACCUCGCCGCUGUCUCCGUUGAAAACUCCGUCAUCGCCGGCUUUUCCUUCGGCAUAAUGCUUGGAAUGGGAAGUGCACUAGAAACUCUAUGCGGACAAGCAUACGGAGCAAAACAGCUAGAAAUGCUCGGAGUCUAUUUGCAAAGAUCAUGGGUUAUACUCGGCACAACAUCGUCACUUCUAUGCUUAUUAUACAUAUUCGCAGCGCAAAUCUUGAAGUUCAUCGGACAAACACCGGCAAUAUCAAACGCAGCCGGAUUAUUUGCUAUAUACAUGAUCCCACAGUUGUUUGCUUAUGCAAUGAAUUUUCCGAUGGCGAAGUUUUUGCAGGCCCAGAGUAAAAUGAUGGUGAUGGCGGUAAUAGCGGGGGCUGCUCUGGUUUUGCAUACGGUGUUCAGUUGGCUAUUGAUGAUGAAGUUGGGGUGGGGCCUGGUAGGGGCUGCGGUGGUUUUAAAUGCGUCGUGGUGGUUUAUUGAUGUAGCUCAGUUUUUAUAUAUUAUAAGCGGAACUUGUGGUGCAGCUUGGAGUGGUUUUUCGUGGAAGGCUUUCCAGCAUUUGUGGGGCUUUGUUAGGUUGUCUCUGGCUUCUGCUGUUAUGCUUUGCUUGGAAAUCUGGUAUUUUAUGGCAUUGAUACUGUUUGCUGGCUACUUAAAGAAUGCAGAAGUUUCAGUGGAUGCCUUGUCUAUUUGCAUGAACAUUUUGGGUUGGACCGUCAUGAUGGCAAUAGGAAUGAAUGCAGCAAUAAGUGUAAGAGUAUCAAAUGAGCUGGGAGCAGGGCAUCCAAGAACAGCAAAAUUUUCACUGGUGGUAGCUACAUUUUCAUCGUUCAUCAUCGGUCUAAUUCUUUCGAUCAUUCUCAUCCUUUCGAGAGAGAAAUAUCCGUCUUUGUUUUCAAGUGAUCCGCAAGUUAAACAGCUUGUUAAUGACCUUACACCACUUCUUGCUCUAUGUAUUAUCAUCAACAAUAUCCAACCUGUUCUCUCCGGUGUGGCUAUUGGAGCUGGGUGGCAAGGAAUUGUUGCUUAUGUAAACAUAGGUUGUUACUAUGUGUUUGGCAUUCCUAUGGGUCUGAUUUUGGGUUACAAAGUUGGUUGGGGUGUAAGGGGUAUUUGGUAUGGGAUGAUGUCAGGAACUGUAGUACAGACUUGUGCCCUUUUUUGGAUGAUUUAUAGAACAAAUUGGAAUACAGAGGCUUCGAUUGCUGAAGAUAGGAUAAAGAAAUGGGGAGGAGGAGACAUAGAUUCCAAAGGGAACAAUGUUGACAAAUUAACCUUGUCAUAGAUCUGCCUUGAAUAUUGAAUCAGCAUAAUUCAGUGCUUUUCUAGGCAGAUUUAUAAUUUUUCUAAGCUUAAUUAUGGGUAAAAACUCAUUGGGUAUAUUGAAUGAUUUGAAAUUUGAUGCAACGUUUCAUCUUUUAA